GAAGCGAGAUGUGGCACGUCGAUCGACAUAGACGACUUCAUAAUUGCACUGCCAGUGAAAGAGAUGAACGACCUCUACGUGGCGAUUUGUCGCGGUGAAGAUGACCGUGCGCACAACUUUAUCUGGAUGAUGCGUUGGCAGGAGCCGUGCAUGGAGCUGUCUGAGGUAAGCCAAAAUGUGUAUCGUGGCUGGUUACGGGAGCAAGACGAACAUAUCGAGCGCUUUAUCGCGAUGGAGGCGGACCCUUCCACACCACACGACACCCUCAUGAACCAUUAUAAGGAAGGCCUUGACUUGCAGAAACGCUACAACAUAGUUGCCGAUCUAGCCACAGGUAUGGACAGAGUCGAUAUGCUGGCGGACCAACUCAAGGAUCAAGCUCACUGGACAUGCUCUUGCGAGAAGCGCGCAUACCACCGCUCGCCCCAAUGGCUUCAAGAGCAACCUCUCGACUUGGCACCAUAA